GAAGAAAGAAAGAAGAAAAAUGGAAUGAUGGAAGGAAACGAGAGAAGAAGGGCGAGGAACAAGGGAGAGCAUCGUCAGAGCGGGUUGUCCGCAGCAUCCGGGUGGGGUGGUCGGUUGGGUGGCACGUCGGUCGAUUUUCGUGCGCUUCGACGCAGAGCGGAGAGGGCGUGCUGAUCGUUUGCCCCCUCGUAACGGAAGAGAGUCGCCGAAAACACCACGAGCUCCGGGGGUGUCGAUUGGCCAGUGCGUAACUGGCGACUGUCGGUACGGUUGUGCGGCUUUUAGUGGGCUGCCAGCGGUCGCCCUGGGCACCACCUGCAUGGAUGGAGCCUACCCGUGUACCCAGGGCCCCUGGUCCACGUCUCGUUUUCCUCGUCGCGACGCUGGCCCUCACUUUCGCAGCGACCGGAUUAUUGUGUGGUGCCAUAAUGUCAGAUCACUGGGAGGAAGUUGGCUGGGACAAGGAAGCUCUGACCCACGCGAAUGUUACACUUAAGUGGUACUUGGAUGGACAGGUGGCGAUGCUCGAGCCGACCUCCGACUACAAAAAUCAUCAUUCUAACAGACGAGCCACCUUCCUCGUGCCUAUGUACGGCGGCAUUUGGAUCAUGUGCGUCUCGCUUACUGAGGAGGAAAUACGACUACUAGGUCAGGUAGGUUUUCCGCAAGGGAGAUGCAUUAACUACUUGACACCCGACGAAGCACAUGAAGAGAUCCGUGCCGCGUGGCAGAAUCGGAUGCAGAACUUGAGUAUAUCUUGUUCUCUAGUUUGCUUGAUCAUCCUGGGCACUGCGGUUCUCAUUGGAUUUUUUGGACUUUGUCGACAUCAAAUAUCAGCAGUCCUCGUCACUGGUGUGAUGUAUCUUUUAGCAGCCACGUUCGCAUUGUUCACCCUGACGAUAAUUCAUUUCAAGAGAGCUCAGGAUCGCGGAGCUCGAAUACUAGACGGCCCUGAGGAUGGUGUAAUUGGUGGGCCGGUUCCCCGUAAUGUUCUCAAGGCCAGACGAUUUACUAGCUCCUGGAGCAUGGACUUUGGAUGGGGUGGCGUUAUGCUUUGCGCCCUCGCCUCAGUUGCGUGGAUCUUGCUCAGCAAAAUAAUGCGUUUCAGCCCUAUUGCCACUAUGAUAGCGUAGCAGUGGGAGGCCUUCGAGGUCUAAGGUCGUUUCCAAAAGUUAUAACAGAGCGUUUCGAUGUCGUCGCCUCUUGAAGCGCGGGGAUGAUUGCGUUCGACAAAAUGGGAAACAGGUUACAGGAGUCAAUUGUGUAGUUUCUGGUUUGCACCGAUUGCAAAGCAGGACAGUUUGACAGGCAGCUUAAUACCAUGAACUAUUUUGCAAGCUUCAGAAUUUUCAUCAUGCGGAGUAAUCAAUAUGUAUCAAGUUGUCAUUCGCAGUCUGUAAAGUGAGGAAGUUUUAACAGAAUGGAAGUUUGACACGAUGAAGGAGAAAAGCAGGAUACACGACAUUGAGGCAAAUUUUAAGAGUACUUUUUUCAAAAAAACGAUAUCAGAGUUGAAAAUGACCACCUCGAAGGCAGUUUGUUUUAUCAACAGGUAAUGUGUGUUGCAUAGUGUUUGUUUUUAUGGAACCUACAUUAGAUCAGUCUAAAGCAUGGAAAGAUAUAAGAAGCCUAAUUUUUGACAAAUCUUCUAAAUGCAACAUUUUGUACAAUUUACCUAAUAAUUUCUAGUCUUUGAAAAAAAACAUACACUGUUGAGUGAAGAACUAUAUGUUGAAGAGGGAUAUACAAGUUUUAAAAUAAUAUUAUAUAAUACAAUGGAAUAUAAUAUCUCUUUGUAUAUUAUGUAUAUUUGAGUUUCAAGCUUUAAUGUUUUGCACAGAUUUAUUGUUUUAUCAAGAUGAUUCAACGAUCCCUUUUUCAUAUAGAUCUUUACUAUAAAGUAAAAUAUUUACAGAUGCAUGAAUAAUGGAAUAAUGCCUAGGAGGAGAGUAAGCUUUCUGGACUGAAGAAAUAUUAUUCAACGAUAAAUAGAAUAAAAUACACGUUUAUCACCUUUAUUUGCAGACAGAUUAGUCAAUUAAUGUACAAGUAAAGGAAGACCUUACUCGUCCUAGUCUGUCUUUUUAGACAUACUUCUUUUUAUACAGUUGCAAUAGAUACAAUUAAAUUUAUGUAAGAAUUCAUUUGGAGUAAGAAUACUUUUGUGUGUUGUAGAAGCUGAGACAAUAUAUGUUGAUCUUUGCUUCAAAAUUUCAAUACAGAAUGUAACUUAAUAGAUGCCUAUAGUAUAAUUCAAUCGCCUUAUAAUUAGAAAGAUAAGCAUGUUUGUAAUAUGCAUAGUAUAGCAGUAAACUUGUUCGAGCCAAUAAAAGCAACUAUAUGCGUGUUUGCAAGAAGAAUUUAGCUUUUGCUACGACUUGUUACAGCAACAAAAAAAAAAAAAGAGGAGUUAUGCCAACAAAAUGUAUAACAUACAAAGGAUUGUGAAUUGCAAUUCGUCCAUUAACAUUUAAGAGAAAAAUAAGGAUGCUUCAAUGAAGAGCAUCUUCUAUAUACCCGGAGACUAAGUUUUGCCAGUUCAAAUAAAUAAAAUGAUU